AUGAAUCUAUUUUCUCCGAGUGGUGAAACACAAUCGUUGUUAAAAAACAAUAGUUUUAAUGUAAAAUGGAAUAAUAAAGUGGUCAAGUGGAUUUUCGGUAUAGUUUUAUUUGUUUUAUUGUUACUAGGUGCUAUUUAUCUUGUGCACAUUUAUACUAAUACUAUAAUUCAGCUGGAAUCUCAUGCAACUAUAAAAGUACCUAAUAUAAAAAAAAAUCCACUACACAUCACGAGUAUUGCAACCACAAACGAUGACUUUUUAAAGAAAUGUGCUCCUAUAGUUAAAUGUGAUCCAGAUGCCAAAUAUAGAAGUGCAAAUGGAUCUUGUAAUAAUUUGGGGACUCCCACUUGGGGUGCCUCAACAACGCCAUUUUUUCGUAUGAAUGAUGCCAAUUACAGUGAUGGCUAUUACGCGUUACGGUUACAAACAAAUGGAAUAGCAUUGCCUAGUCCAAGAUUAAUAAAUGUUCAAGUCUUUCUGAAUCAUGAAAUAUAUCGCGUUGACGAAAAUAAUGUACUUUUAUUUCCAUUCGCACAAUCAUCAGCCCAUGACAUAUCGGGGUUACCUAAUGAUAUUAUAUCAGAAAAGAAUGGCAAUGCAAUAGAUUGUUGUUCGGCUGAAAAUAAAAAAAACAAAUAUCCACAAUGUCUUGAGAUUAUCGAAGCAACCGACGAUCCUGUUUAUAGUACGUUUAAUGUAACUUGUACAGGUACAUUCCGUGCAAAGACAUCGAGGAAUUAUUACGACUGCCCGUUAUACCCCACAACGUUUAUCAAUACCAAUACACAUUUCAUCGACGCGUCUGAAGUGUAUGGAUCAGACGAAAAUCAUGCACAACACCUUAGAACUAUGGAUGGCGGAAGACUCAAUUUCUCAAUUAGUGACAAUGGUCAAAUGUUUUGUCCAUUUCUAGACAAUCAAAACAAGGAACCAUCAAUUGAAAAUCCAAAUAGCCAUAUUAGAUAUGAUACAGGAGAUCCAAACAAUGGGAAUCAAAAUUUAGGAAUUACUUCAAUGCAGACCUUAUUCUUAAGGUUUCAUAACUAUGUUGCUUUAAAGCUUUCGUCUUUAAAUCCAUUUUGGUCCGAUGAAAUUGUUUAUCAGGAGUCGCGAAGAAUUGUCAUUGCAACUAUUCAACGUAUCAUAUAUGAAGAUUUUUUACCGAUUAUUAUUGGAGAUGAUUUCCAAGAAUUAUAUGGAUUAAACCAACCAAAUAUCUAUGAUCCCAGUGUAAAUCCCUCGACGGCUCAAGAAUUUUCGACUGCUGCUUAUCGAGUCCUACAUGCAAUUAUACCGGCUCAGUUAAAUUUUAUGAACAAUAAUUACAAAAUAGAAAACUGGGUAAAAAUUAUCGAUUGGAUGUUAGUAUCAGACCCAUUACCCAUUGAUAAUAAUUUCGAUAAAUUGUUAAAAGGGUUUAUAGAGACUCCAGGACGAAUAGUUCAACCUUCUUACAAUUUCUAUAUGUCCAACUUCUUGUUCCUUACAAUAAACAAUUCUUUAUUAGCUGGACCUGUCUCACUCGAUAAUGUUAAUCUCCAUACACCCCAGUUCGGUAAUCGUGAUCUGCUAGCAACUGAUAUUUUAAGGGGCCGCGAUGUGGGCCUUCAACCAUACAAUCAAGUCAGGCAUUUUUGCGGAUAUCCGUUGGCCAAAGAUUUUGAUGACUUAGUGGAUCUUAUACACAUAAAAGCUAUAGCCCAAUUAAAAGAACUUUAUAACUCAGUAAAUGAUAUAGACUUAAUGGUAGGUCUUUUAUUGGAAAAACACAGUGACGGUGCGAUUGUAGGUCCGACGACCCGGUGUUUGAUGGCCGACGGUUUUUAUCGAUACAAAGCGGGUGAUCGAUUUUUCUACGAUGUGCAAGGACAACCCGGUAGCUUCACCGAUGGUCAAUUGAAAGUGAUUAAGAAAAUUACUCUCGGCCAUGUCAUAUGUGCUACUUCAAACGUAGACCAUGUACAAAAAGACAUGUUUAAGAUGGUCGAUCACAAUUUAUUUCCUACACUCAAACGGAAAUGUGACAGGGAGUUCUAUUUGGACUUUAAAGAUUGGGAUGAGACAAAUGGUCGACCAGAGUUGUGA